AUGAAGACGAGCGAGCGGGCUGGCCGUGAAGAUCAGACGCACCGCCAGGAUGUGCCAGCGCACCACGCCUACAGCGGCUACGUGCUCUCCCGGGAUGAAAGGGUGGGAACGGUCCGGUAUUCAGACCUGUCGCCCGAGGUGUUCUUCGAUGAGUUCGUGGCUGCUCGAAAGCCGGUGCUGAUGGAUGGUUGCCUUGCGGAACAAGAGGGCUGGCGGGGGAAUAACUGGACCAACGAGUACCUCCGCGAAAAGGCUGGUGAUGCAGAGGUGAAAGUGGAGUACCGGGGCGGGGCGGAGGAGCGGUACGGUCAAGGGCUAGAAAGGGGAAUGAAGUUUGGCGACUUCCUCGGCGAGCUGGAACGAAAGAACGACCUUUUGUAUCUCACUACUCAGGAGCUUGGGCUGGAUCCCACCGGCAGGCCCGGCCUCAUGAGCGCGCCGCUGGACAGGCUGCGGAACGACUUCCCUCUCCGCCCGGGGCUUGCUGGCGCGCUCGUGCCACAGAACGUGAACCUCUGGAUGGGGCACACGAAGGAGGGCGGCUCUAGCAGCGGUCUUCACCAUGACUUUCACGACAACCUGUACGUGCUCCUCAGGGGGAAGAAGAUGUUCAGGCUCUUCAGCCCAGCGGACGCCCAUCGUAUGUACCUGGAAGGAGAGCUCGUGAAGGUUCACCCCAACGGGCGGAUAAACUACAAGGGCAAAGAGACCCUAGCGGACGGCUCAGAUCCCUUGGCGGAGACCGCAGCUAGGGCCGCGGAGCUGGUAGACCGGGCGGCAAUCAAAGCGGAGAAAAUGGCUUCUGACGCCAUGCUUAGCUCCGCUGCGGUGCAAACGCCGGACGAUCCAGGUUCUGGCAUGGAAGCAGCAGGGCGAGGCGGAGAGAGGAAUAGGCUGGCUGUGGAGUCGCGCAAGUCUGAGGAAGAGGUCGCUGCGGCGCAGGCCGCCCUCGAACGCGGCGAGAGCGGGGCCGCGCAGCGCCUGGAGGCGGCGGAGGAGGAGCUCGAGAGGGCCUUGGAAGCGGUCCUCGAUGCGGAGUGUGCAGGCGGCGCUGGUUUCGGGGACGGAGGUUCCGGCGAGUCUUCCUCUGACAGCGAGGGGGGCCCGGGCUUCUUCGACGGCAUCAACGACGACCCCUCCGAGGAGGCUUUUCUUGCGGCGAGCACCAGAAAGGCUCGCGGGGCGAGCGGGGGUGUUGGUGUCAGCGGCGGCGGCGGGGGUCGUAGUGACGAUUCGGCGGCGGGUUUAGUCGGCGCGGACGGCGGCGACAUUGGCGACGAAGAUGAUGAUGGUGGUGAUGAUGACCCCGAGGCGGGAGGGAAAGCGAGCAGCAGCAGUGGCGUGGAAGUCAUCAGCGUGGCAGCCGCGGCAACAACAGCCGACGAUGACAAACCAAGAGGUGCCGAUAGUCGAAGCAGCGGCAACGGGGAGAACGGCUGGGCGGAAGCAGGCAGCAGCAGCAGCAGCAGCAGCAGGGAGGUCGAGAACGGCGGCGACAGACCAGAACGAGAGCCAGCAGCAGACGAAGGCAGAACCGCCAAGAGGAGGAAGACCGAGGGACAGGAGCAGCAGAGAGAGAGCAAGUCGGCGCCCGUCAACUUCAGCAGAGUAGACCCGUCCCUCCCGCUCGCGGAGCUCGCGGAACGGUUCCCCCUGUUCCUCGAAGCGGAGUCUUGUACCGUGGAGGUGGAGGCCGGGCAGAUGCUGUACUUGCCAGCCGGGUGGUUCCAUGAGGUGUCCUCCGUGGCAUCGGAAAACGGCCACAUGGCGUUCAACUAUUGGUUCCAUCCCCCGGACUCUUUUGGCUCGUCCUCCUCGCCGUACGCGUCGAGCUUUUGGCUGAGGGAUUGGGAGGCACGCCAGGAGGAAGGAGGCGGGCUCGGGGCGGGGGAGGAGGAGAAGAACGAAGAGUGA